CGCCGAUAGAGGACUCUGUUCUCAAUGAGCGUGUGAGCGACUGGACACUUCCAGGCUUGCCAACGUCGACUCUCGCACGGGUUUUAGACCUACACUCAGAAUCAGAGAGCAAAAAAGAACGAGGAGUGAAAGCAAACAACAGCAGAGAAUCCCGAAUCUCCGCCAGGUGGAAGGCAGCGAAGUGGUUCCUUUCGGCAGCACGAUGUUGGGGGCGGUGGUCGAGGGCUGUUGCUGGUGGUGGCAGAACGGGCGAGUCGCAACGGCGGCAGUGGUGCUGUUGGCAUUCGGGGCUGUCUCCGUUAGGCGUUACGUCGCGAGGAAGAACAGGAGGAAGAGAUGGGCCACCGUCGAAAAAGACGUAGUAAUUGUCCACGGUCUAGGCAAAGGGCGCCGCACCCCAAAUCUAUCGCCAUUUGUUCUUACGCUGGAGACCUAUCUGCGCCUCGCCAAAAUUCCUUACCAGAUGGACUACGAAGAACCUUUCGGCCCGAAAGGCCAGUCCCCCUGGAUCACGCUCAACGGCCAGGAUAUGGGAGACUCGCAGCUGAUCAUCCAGAUGCUAGGACGGCGCUUCGGGAAAGACUUCACGGCCAACCUGACGAAGGAGCAGAAGGGGGCAGCUCGUGCGUUUAACAUGAUGGUGACGGAACACCUUGCAUGGGGAUUCCGCUUGUGGCGCUGGGUGGAGAACAAAGGGCGUUUGAUGCUUCAGGAAAUGGAUCGCGUCCCCUUUAUAGUGCGUUUGCUGAUGCCUCUGAAGCGCCGACAGAUCUCCAAGUCCCUAUUCUUCCAAGGCAUCGGGAGGCACAGCGCCGAGGAAGUCCACGACAUCAUCGAGAGGGACUUGGCCGCCAUCUCCUUUUAUCUUGGUGACAAGCCCUUCCUGAUGGGCAGCGAACUGUGCGAGGUUGACUGCGCUCUGUUCGGGUCUCUGGCGCAGAUCAUGUGGAACUACUCAGGCUCCCCGUACGAGACUAUGGUCAAAGUGAAAUACCCGAACCUGAAAGAAUACGUGUUACGGGUGAAGGAGAGACUCUGGCCGGACUGGGACCAGUGCCUGAAGCGCCCCAAGACGAGCUAAGUACGGAGGUCACACGAGCAUCGAACUCUUUUCCCUGUGUUUGGUGCGAUCGCGAUGAUGGCGAUGAUGAUGAUGACAAUGAUAAUGAUGAUAAUUAUGAAAGUAAACAUUAUUAUUCUCUCUCUCUCUCUCUCUCUCUCUCUCUCUCUCUCUCUCUCUCUCUCUCUCUCUCUCUCUCUCUCUCUCUCUCUCUCUCUCUCUCUCUCUUUCCCUCCCUCCCUCCCUCCCUUUCUCCCUCUCUCCCCCGAUCUCUUGGCAUGUUUGUUACAUGAUGGCAUUGUGAUAAUCAGGGUUAAAAUUUUAAUGAUGUAAAUACUUGUUUGGAGAUGACAUUCUAAUAAAUACUGUUCGUUUAAAUUUUAUAGACUGAUUUAUAUUUACAGCCAUUCUAACAUGAAUCAAAUCCUCGAAUGAUGGAUCAAAUACAGCUGCAUAAUUAAUUGCAUAUUCAUGAAAAACGACGAUUAUAGUUAUGUGUACUGAAAUGCAGCAAAUCUUUAAAAAUAUAUGAUUAAUAAAGGAGAAUAUGAUUGUC